AUGGGGGCAGGUGAGACACCUUCCCCAAACUGCAGCCCUGCACUGGAGGAAUCGCCCUCAGCUCUGCCCAGCCCUGCAGCUGACAGCAAGGCUGCCAUCCAAUCCCUAUAGCAGAAAAUCUGAACUCCAGAAGCCCUGCUGAGAUGGGGAAAAUCAUCAUUUAUGAACAUGCUAACUUUGAGGGUAUGUCCAAAGAAUUCCAYACCAACAUUGCCAAYCURAAAGAYGUAGAUUGGAAUGAYUGUAUCUCCUCAGUGAGAGUAAUYGGCCAGCCUUGGGUGGCUUAUCAGCAUGAAAACUAUAGAGGACAGUUACUGGUACUUGAGGAGGGAGAUCACGAAUUUGUUGGCAAAAAGAUGAAUGACAGGAUCAGCUCUCUGCAGCUGAUCACUGAAAAUCUGCACCAUCCCCAGAUCACUCUCUAUGAACAUGCUGAUUACCAAGGGAAGGCCAGGGUAAUUACAGAGGCAACCAACCUAGCUAGGGGACAUGACAAUAACAGCACAUCUUCACACAAAGUCCAGAGAGGUGUCUGGCUGCUGUGUGAGGACAGCGAUGGAGGUGGAUUUCAGUACAUUGCACGAGAACACGAACACCUGCCAAAUUACAAGGCAAUCAAGUUCAAUGACAAGCUCUCCUUCCUGCGUCCCCUUCGCCCUGGCUGUGGCUGCUAGAAUGCAAAUCCUGCAACGCUGAGAAAAGGUGCAGCCCCAGCAAGAAAUUUGAAGACCUCGUUCUCUGUCUCUGCUUGUGUCACUUUUCCCCAGUGUCACAGGACCACCGAGUGUGAGAGCUCUCUGCUGCACUGCAGAUCUGUGCAUCUCUAUCCCACCUUACACUGUUCUCCUGCCCCAUGAAUGGCCUCUGCCAUUGUCUGUAAUCCAGUUUGMAUU